AAUUUAAUAAUUCGUCAGUUAAACAAAGCUUGUGUGUGUUCCAAAUAACGCAUUUGCAUAGCCUUUCAUAGAGUAAUUUUGUAGACUUUUACUCUUAUUCUGUAUUUAUUUUUAUACCACCUUGCAAUACAUCUGAAGUAACUGAUAUUUAGUUUUCAUAUUAUAUGUCAAUAACAAUAUUGACUGAAUAAAUAUCUGUGGUGAAAUUAAGUAAACCUGCGAACGACUCGACCAUUAAAACCCUCCAUUAAAUUGUUCAAAUGUAUUGUUGUAUAUCAUAAGUAAUUCAGAUAUCCUUUAACAUUUAAAAUUUAAUAACAUCUAAAUUGUGGUGCAAUUCAAAAGCAAUUUGUCACAAAUACACCCAGAGUUUUGGUUCAUAUUGGAUAUUUUUGAAAAGGGUCGACAGUUAGAUCGGACUUGAAUCGUUCCGACCUUCGAUUUUCGUAACUAGAUACAAUAAAGAUAUUUUGUGGCAACUCUAUCAUUAGUUUGGAACGUUUAAAUCAAAAGUUGAUAAGAAAAUAUAUGCUCAUAUUUUAAACGUUUUUAUAUCAUGCAGUAGUUCAAAUAUCAAACGGAUUUAAGGACUGUAGGUGAAAAAGAGACAUUUUAGGGUGCGCUUGAUUGUACUAAUUUCCGUUGAAACGGAAAUUUUGUUUGUUUUACGUAUUUGUCAAGUUGAUCACGAACAAUAGUUGUUAUAGAUGUUAUGUGGUAUCUGAUUUGUUGAAAGAAUUUUAAAUUGAACUCGUCUGUUUGUUGAACAAUCACCAUUUGAAUUACAUUAUAUUUAAUUCAACAAAUCGGUUAAACGCGAUUUCACUAUGGAAAAAGGGUUAAGCCGAGAGAUAUUGAAGGCGCAUAACGCCACUGGGAAAAGUACUGAUACCGUAUCUCACAAAUCGUUUGGACUUAGGGAUCGCGCCGGAACCAUGCAGAGUGAGAGCUCGAGCGGGACCGGUAAGCUCAAACUUCAGAGACUGAGACACAAAAUCAAACUUUUUGGCGGAUCUUUCUCGAAGAGCGGUUCAGAAUCACAAAUACAGAAACAGUAUGAAAACACGUACCGUUUGGAACCAGACGAAAAAACGAAAUUUUCUACAAAGAAAGCAGAAGAAACUAUUCAUCACGUGUUGGAAAAUUAUUUGAAAGGGAAAAAGUACGACCCGAAGAAGUUUCCUAAUUUGUGCAAAAGUUUAGCAGAACUGAUCAAAGAACGCGUGAAGACUUCCGGUUGUCAGCGAUACAAAUUGAUUGCGCAUGUCAUGAUUCUGGAAAAUCAGGGACAGAGCAUGCGCCAUGUGAGCAGGUGUCUGUGGAAUAAAGACCAUGACAAUUAUGCCACGGCGACGUUUGAAACGAGCGAAUUUACGGCCGUCGGCAGUGUAUUUGCAACAUACUAUGAUUAAUUUUGAGAUUACUACAUUAACAAAAAGAAACAAA